GUCUGCAAAUUGCGAACAGAUACAUUUCACAUUUUACUCUUCCAGGUUAAAAUCCAACAAAUUUUUGUUCCGAUCUUCUCACCGCCACAACGAUCCUCUCAAACGGCGUAUGGAUGCCUGCUGCGCCACCCAGGGCAGGGGAAUCGAUGCCAAUCGACGCACGCAGGCUGUGGAACUUUCGAUCAGACUAUAACGAUUGAGUUUUCCGAUGAUCCACCGAUUAAAAUCGAAGAAUCUGCUGCCAGGAGUUCCGGCAACCAAAACCUGCUCAUAUCGCCUGUAAGUGAACGUUUGGAACUGAAUUAGAGUAUCCAAAAACAAAAAAAAUGAUUGAAAUGGGGGAAGCUUCAGAAACUGAGUCUAGAACAUUGCUAAUGAGUAGUUCUUCUGUCGAAGAGGAAAGUUUACGCCGCUCGCCGAGUCCGAUUUUCGGGAGAGGCAGCUGCGGCGGAUCAAGGAACACGAGCCCUCUAGGUCGAAUGGGGUCAAGAAACACGAGUCCGUCGAGGAUCAAAACGAAACCGCGGGGCCUGGAUGAAGAAACAGCAGCCACAUUUAGCAAAUUUGUUCAACCGGAUAUUCGAAUGGAGGAUAAUAUAUGGGCGAUGUUGCCGGAGGAUUUGUUGAACGAGAUUCUAGCUAGAGUGCCGCCGUUCAUGAUUUUCCGGCUCCGUUCCGUAUGCAAGAGAUGGAAUUCGAUUUUACAAGAUAAUGGUUUCUUGAAGUUCCAUUCCCAAGUGCCGUCCCACGGGCCUUGUCUUUUAACGUAUUGGAAGAACUCGCAGACUCCUCAGUGUUCGGUAUUCAGCCUCCCGUUAAAACAGUGGUUUCGAAUCCCCGUCACGUUUCUCCCGCGUUGGGCGUUCUGGCUUGUCGGGUCGUCGGGGGGGUUGGUGUGCUUAUCGGGAAUGGACGGGCUGACGUUCAAGACGGUAAUCUGCAACCCGUUGACGCAAAAAUGGCGGACGUUGCCGAGCUUGCAUUACAAUCAGCAGAGGCAGUUGAUCAUGGUGGUGAAUCGCAAAGAUCGAUCGUUCAAAGUCAUAGCGACGAGCGACGUGUUCAGCGACAAAUCCCUUCCGACCGAAGUCUACGAUUCGAAAUCCAACAAAUGGUCAGUCCACGAACGGAUGCCCGCCGUGAACCUCUGCUCGUCGAAAAUGGCCUUCUGCGACUCGCGGCUGUACCUCGAGACCCUCUCCCCGCUCGGGCUGAUGAUGUACCGGCUCGACACGGGGCAGUGGGAGCAUAUUCCGGCGAAAUUCCCCCGGUCGUUGCUCGACGGGUAUCUCGUCGCGGGGAGCAAGAAGCGACUUUUUUUGGUGGGGAGGAUCGGGCUUUACAGCACGCAUCAAAGCAUGAAGAUUUGGGAGCUCGAUCAUUCGAAGUACGUUUGGGUUGAGAUUAGUCGGAUGCCUCCGAGGUAUUUUCGGGCGCUUCUGAGGCUGUCGGCGGAGCGAUUCGAGUGCUUCGGACAGGACAAUUUGAUAUGCUUUACGUCGUGGAACCAAGGGAAAGGGCUGCUUUACGACGUCGAUAAAAAGGCAUGGUCUUGGAUUGCUGGAUGUGCUCUACAGGCCUAUAAUAGCCAGGUAUGUUUCUAUGAGCCAAGAUUUGAUUCUGUGAUCUAUUGAGCUGAUCUUAUGAUGAUGAAGAUGAAGAUUCAAAUUGUGUUUUUUUUUUUUUGUUUUUUUUUUUUUUUUUAAUGUUCUUGAAUGUUUUGGGACAUUUUUUAUUUUAGGGAUCUUUGGAAAUUAGAAUGUUUUUAAUGUUGUUUCUUUGUUUUGUGUUGUGCCAAAAUUGAUAAUUGAGAUGUUGUUAGUUGUAAGAGGGAAUAUAGAUAUAAUGAUGUUCUUUUGUUUUUGGUUA